AUGUGUGUAGUGAUACGAAAUUUGCAGGCUGUUGGGGCUGCCCUGACCGCUUUGCCGUUUCUUAUAUCUUUGGUGAGAUGCACUUCAGAGGUUGACCUGGAACGCCGGUGGGGAAACGAUGUACGUGAACGGUAUCCACCCAGAGGCAGUGCCCAGGAAGCUAAUUAUCAAAUCAGUGGGCAUUUUCAGGAGUAUCAACCUUUAAUCACUUGCCCUAUACCCGCUGCCUUGUCAAUCGAACCCAAGAAUUUGACAUUGCCAUCAUUGGUGUUCCGUUCGAUUCCUUGACAACUUAUCGAUCUGGUGAGUCACUAUUCUUUGGCUACUGGACCGCUGAGCUAAUUCCAAAAGGUGCACGUGAAGGCCCAAAGGCUAUCCGAUACGCUUCAGGCAGGUCAUUUUAGAUAAGACCAUCUCUUUCUAUUCUGGUUGUGCUUCUUUUCGAGAACUAAGGCACCAAAACAUUAUGAUAGAAGAGAUAGGCUGACUUCAAUUCUCGUUUACCAGGGCGCCAUUUGUCCGGAAGAAGCUUCAACCCGCGCCUCAAUUUCAAUCCCUAUGAAUCUUGGGCACGUGUGGUGGAUUGUGGGGAUAUUCCGGUUAUACCCAAUGAUCCAGUACUUGCAUUGCAACAAAUGGAAGAGGGAUUUGUGGAGUUGCUCUCUCAUGAGACUCCAAAGGAUAGCCCGUGGAAAUUGCCCCAUUUGGUUCUCCUUGGAGGCGAUCAUUCCAUAGUUCUCCCAAUGCUGCGAGCGCUAAAAUACAUUCUGGGCGAGCCUGUUGCACUUCUUCACUUUGACGCUCAUAUCGACACCUUAGCACCAGACUCUUAUCCUCGCCAUUUUUGGAAAUCGGAACCUUCAAAAAUCAACCACGGUACGGUUUUCUGGCAUGCAAUCCAGGAAGGGUUGCUGCUCCCAGGCCAUCUUGUUCAUGCCGGAGGUAUGUGUAUGAUUUCUCUUAGUAAAACUCUUCCUGGGUUGGAUCCUAGAGCCAAGACCUUUAGAGCACUCAUCUUUUUAACUCCUUGAAUUUCCUAAGGAUUUUUACUGACUUCAAUAUUCCAAAAGUCCAUGGCCGUAUCUCAGGAUUGCAUGAUUUCACUAGUGAUGAUUCUCAAGGAUUUAAACGAAUCUCGGCCGAGGAGAUUGACGAUCUAGGUGUGGGUGCCAUCAUUGAAAACAUCUACUCAACAAUUGGCCCUAAUGUGCCAGUAUAUGUCAGUAUUGAUAUUGACGUCUUGGAUCCCGCUUUUGCGCCGGGGACUGGCGCUCCGGAGACGGGAGGUUGGUCUUCGAGAGAGCUGAUGAAAGUCAUGACUGUCUUGUCGAAGUUGAACGUGAUUGGGGCGGACAUAGUCGAGGUUGCACCGUCUUAUGACAGCCAAGGUGGAGAUACUGCCUUUGCUGCCGCUAACUUGGCCUACGAAGUUAUUUCAAUGAUGGUGUCGAAUGUAUUGGAGGAUACAUCGGUCAAAGAAGUCGUGGGACGGCAGCCAACUGAAACUUGCAAGCUGGAGCUAUGA